UUCCCGGUCUGUCGUUUGCGUAUGACGUUUCACGCAGUACUUCCUUGUUUAGUAGCAUUACCAAAAUGCAACAGUGCCGCGUAAUUUCGCGUUCAUUUUUCAUAUUUACCGGUGUUCGGCAUUGGCUGCACCUUCAUCGUCACCCUUUAAAUGAGUGUUGGCACGCUGGCCUCUCUAGACUUGCAGCGGGUUUAGAUAUUGGAUUCUGAGGAGCUGCAGAGAGCCGAAGUGGGAAACAGCGCCGCUACACGCUUCCAUGUGCUGAACUGCUUCUCUUCACCAACCUGUUACACAGAGCCAGAAAGUUGCUACAGUUUUGAUGCAUCUCCUGUGGUCAAUGGUCAGCGGCUUCACUACGCCUUUGAUGUCUGAUCCAACCCUAGAGAGGCAUUUUAAGGGCCACAGGGACACUGUGACAAGUGUGGACUUCAGCUGCAACAUGAAACAGAUUGCCACAGGCUCCAUGGACUCCUGUGUGAUGAUCUGGAACAUGAAACCUCAAAUGCGAGCAUAUCGCUUUGAUGGACACAAAGAUGCCGUCAUAUCCAUUCAGUUCUCUCCCUCAGGCCACCUGGUGGCCUCCGCCUCCAGAGACAAGACUGUACGCCUUUGGGUGCCCAGCAUCAAGGCUGAGUCGACAGUAUUCAGGGCUCACACAGGCACAGUACGAAGCGUGAACUUCUCUGGUGACGGACAGACUCUGGUCACAGCCUCUGACGACAAGACCAUCAAAGUCUGGACCGUCCAUAGGCAAAAAUUCCUCUUCUCUCUCAACCAGCACAUCAACUGGGUCCGCUGUGCCAAGUUUUCUCCAGAUGAUCGUUUGAUUGUGUCAUCCAGCGAUGAUAGGACUAUAAAGCUGUGGGACAAGAACAGUAGAGACUGUAUCCACUCCUUCUAUGAGCAUGCGGGUUAUGCAAACCACGUGGCCUUCCAUCCCAGUGGAACCUGCAUUGCUGCAGCCAGUACGGACAGCUCUGUCAAGGUGUGGGACAUCCGCUCCCAUAAGAUGCUGCAGCACUACCAAGUCCACAGCGGCGUGGUGAACGGUGUGUCUUUCCAUCCAGCUGGCAACUUCCUCCUUACUGCUUCCAGUGAUUCCACAUUGAAGAUACUGGACCUGGUAGAGGGCAAGCUGCUUUACACACUGCAUGGACACCAGGGUCCAGCAACCUGUGUCGCCUUCUCGAGGACAGGAGAGCACUUUGCCUCCGGAGGUUCUGAUGAGCAGGUAAUGGUGUGGAAGAGCAACUUUGACUGUGGCGAGCAUGCAGACGCUGUCAGGCUACACCGUGAAUCUGCCUCCAGACUGCAGGAGCCCUCUGCCAGCUCGACGGCCCACCUGCCCCUUGACUCACAAACGUCCUUGUACCGUGGCCAGACCAACGACUCGGCCGAGUUUUGCAACAGACAGUACUCCCAAACCGCCUCUCAUUCUCAGACCCAUACCACAGCGGCAGCCGCAAUAGGGCUCCCAGCCCCAAACCUCCAGAGAUCCCAGCACCCGUUCCUCCUCCUCCCAGCAGACACAGGCCCAGGGCUUGCCCCAGCAUUCAGCCCACCCUCAGGCCCAGGCUGCAGACGGAGGGGUGCCUCCUUCUCUAGCCAGCACCCUGGAGCACAUUAUUGGUCAGCUGGAUAUUCUCACUCAGACUGUAGCUAUCUUGGAGCAGCGGCUGACACUGACAGAGGACAAGCUGAAGGAGUGUAUGGAGAACCAAGUGGAGAUUGGUCUGCGUCUACAGAGCACAGAUCAGGCCUAAAGAUGGUGACAGGUUGAUGCUAUGUUUACCAUCGGGGUUACAUGGGUGUCAGAUCAACGGCGUUGACAGACACAGCAGAGCCCUAAUGGUUUAGAGUGGUUAGAGUUUAAAAAACACUCCAAAUAUACAAGCACAUGCGCAGGCAGUCUCACACAUGCAUGUUUCCCUCUGGGUUUAAGUGAACACUUUUACUGAUUGGACUUGCAAUGCACACUUAGUGUUGCUGCUGAUGCAUUGUGUCUUGUUAUGUUACAAAGAGAUAUCACAACUGAAGGAGCUGAAUAUUAGAGAAGUUGUUCCGCCAGAAUAGUGCUGAGAGCAGGCUCUUUUCUGCUGAGUAAGGACCUGCUGCCACUAGUUGCCGGGGCGGGUGUGUGUGUGUGUGUGUGUGUGUGUGUGUGUGUGUGUGUCUAUGUCGUAUGUCUGUGGCUGUGCGCCGGGCAUAUGCAGGGGACCUUUGUACUUGCCUAUGCAUGUGUGUGCAUGUUUGUAUCUCUGUGUGUUUGUGUGCAUGAGUGUCUCGGGUGCCACAUGUGCAAGAUGCUAUCGUGUCAGUGAUUUUUUUUUUUUUUUUUUUGUUAUCUCUUAACACAUACACACAUCUUAAAUGUCAGUCUUGCACAGUUUUUUCUGUGGACAUCUCUGUUUAGUUGCACUAAAGCUAGGAAAUGAAUUAAACUGAAAUUAUUUGGAAAUGAAAAGAAAAAAAUUGAGCCUCCUUUUCAGUGUUUUGAGUGAUUGUUGAAAGAGGAAGUUGUUAACUGAUUGCUGAAUUGAAAUGUGACCUUACUCACUGCGUUCACUCCCAAAGGAUAAUUAAUUGUUCACAGCAGUUUAUUCAUUUACAUGUUCAUCAGUAAAAAGACAUGAUCUCAACAUGACUUAGCAAACUCACACCAGUAGCACAGAUCCAUUACCGUGUCUCUCUCUUUUUUUUUCCUUUUUUUUUUUUUAAGAGUUCAGAAAACCUGAUUGUUAUUAGUUUGAAAAUGAAGCUUUUAUAUUUCGUCUUUUUACUUUUUUGAUGCAUAUGUAACUUUAUAUUGAACAGUAAGUUAAGUGUUUUGUCUUUAUAAUAAAUGUUUUUUAAUCAUA